AGAUGUACCCGCCUGCCUGAACAAAGUUGCUUCCCGUGUCCUCUGCUCUCUAUCUCUCUCUCUGCAACAACACAGCUACCUCCCUCGCUGCCUUAUCUCUUCACCUCCGCUCUCAACGUUCAAAAUUCCCCCAAUCCAUGACCAGGGAAUCCAAGCCCAUUAUCUCCUGGAGGAGCAUCCCGAGCCUAAACGCCUCUCACUGCGCCCUCACUGCGGCUGCGGAGCUCGAGCCGUUAUGGAAGACCACGCAGCUCAGCUUCACUGGUGGUGGUGGUGGGAGUGGCAUUCGUUGUAAUUUCGCCUGCGUUUCGGUGGUAGAGAGGGUAGAGCGGAGAAAUGAAUUCGCGCCGACCUCGGCUCAGCUGGUGAAGCAUCCGCUGGCCAUACUCGCUUGCGUUCCCAAAGACGCCGCGCUCUUCGCCGCCGGAGCCAUCGCUGGAGCCGCCGCCAAGACAGUCACGGCUCCGCUCGACCGCAUCAAGAUUCUUAUGCAGACUCAUGGGAUUCGAGUUGGGCAACAAAGCGCUAAGAAAGUUAUCAGUUUUCUCGAGGCCAUAACAAUGAUAGGGAAGGAAGAAGGGAUUAAAGGGUACUGGAAAGGCAACCUUCCUCAGGUCAUAAGGAUUAUCCCUUAUAGUGCUGUCCAGCUUUUUGCAUAUGAAGCUUAUAAGAAACUUUUUAGGGGGAAAGAUGGUGAGCUCUCUCUUGUUGGAAGACUUGCAGCAGGUGCUUGUGCUGGCAUGACAUCCACUUUUGUAACAUACCCGUUGGAUGUCCUGAGGUUACGCUUAGCAGUUGAACCAGGGUACCGAACUAUGUCUGAGAUUGCCUUAAACAUGCUAAGAGAGGAAGGAGUUGCAUCCUUCUACUAUGGUCUUGGACCUUCUCUUAUUGGAAUAGCUCCAUAUAUUGCUGUGAACUUUUGCAUUUUUGACUUGGUGAAGAAGUCUUUACCAGAGGAAUUUCAAAAGAAAACUGAAGCAUCUCUGUUAACAGGCUUGGUGUCAGCUUCCCUAGCCACACUCACAUGCUAUCCUUUGGAUACUGUGAGAAGACAGAUGCAAAUGAAGGGCACACCUUACAAGACGGUUUUGGAUGCCAUUCCAGGUGUUGUGGCCCGUGAUGGACUUAUAGGAUUGUAUAGGGGAUUUUUGCCUAAUGCUUUGAAAACUCUACCGAACAGCAGCAUUAGGCUUACUACUUACGACAUGGUCAAACGUCUAAUUGCAACCAGUCAGAAAGAGUUUCAGAGAAUUGUGGAGGAAAAUCGCAAUAAACAACAGCAAAAGGUCGUUGGUUAAACAAAGUAGCAUUUAGUGCCACCAGUCCAGCAGACUACACCAGUACUAGACAGACCUUCACCAAAUUUUCUUUUUGACAUUGUGUUCACUGACGAUGGCCGUUAUUUGUAGGACUUGCAUUGGUCAAAUUGCCUUCAUAUUAGUGAGGACUGAGCUGCCGAGUGAAUCCUUGUCCUUUUUGGUAGGUUGUGAUGUUGUAGAACAAUUACUAGCUUAGGUAGGUUGCCUAUUUUUUGAGGAAUUCAUGUUCUGCCA